GCAGGGCUCUCCAGCUGACGACUCCACCCUUCGUGGUCAGGGAUAGAGAUUCUGACAUGAGGAUGUGCAGACACGCUGUCACCACUGCUUGGAAGCUUCUGCUGGAAACGGUGGUCUUCAUCGGUGUGUUGAUUGUGACCUGUGAAGGGGCAAUCCAGAGGCCGGAGUAUGACGACACCAGCUCCCCGGAGUUCCUUAAUCCGUCCUGGAUGGCAUCGAUCCCCGACAGCCGCCCCUUGUCGGAGGUGACGCUCCCUGGCACACACAACACCAUGGCCUUCUACGGGGGCGCCCUGACCGAGUGCCAGUCCUGGCCGCUGAGCCUCCAGCUGCAGGCGGGCGUGCGCUUCCUGGACAUGCGCGUCCGCCACGUGAAGGGCAACCUCACCAUCCACCAUGGGGUGGUGUACCAGCGGGCGCACUUCGGCGACGCCCUGGAGGCGGUGGUCCGCUUCCUGCAGGAGCAGCCCACCGAGACGGUGCUGAUGCGGCUGAAGGAGGAGUUCAGCGAGACCCGUGACAUCUACGGGGCGGUGGUCAACUACAUCCACCGCUACGCCCACUGGGACCUGCUGUGGCACAGCCGGCUGACGCCCACCAUGGGCCAGGCAAGAGGCAAGCUGAUCAUCCUGCAGGACUUCGCCGGCCCAGAUCUCGGCAUGCGCUACAGCUCGCUGGACAUCGCUGACGAUUGGAAGGUCCCAACCCUUCUUCACGUGUCGGAGAAGUGGCAGAGCGUCUAUGAGCACCUGAACGCAGCUGCGGUCGGGAGCAAGUCCCACCUGUUCCUCACCUAUGCCAGUGGGGCAGGCAUCUUUGCCUACCCUAACGCUGUGGCCCAGCGGAUCAACACACGCCUACACCAGUACCUGUCAAACAAGGCUGGACUGACUGAGCGCUUUGGCAUCAUCACCAUGGACUUCCCUGCUGCCCCCCUGCUGAAACUGAUCAUUGACUUCAACUGA